AUUCGUUUUCCACCUUAUUUUGUACGAGCCAAGAAAAUAUUUUUAUUUUAGUACAUAAUUCUUACAUAAAUAUAUAUACAUAAAUUUAUUUAUUUAUUUACGGAACGUAACAAAAUUUACAUCGUUUAUUUCCAAAUUAAUCAAGUGGCAAUUGCAGUCAUAUUUUAUAAAUUUACAACUUAUACAAAAUUAAAAAUAAACAAGAAACUAUUUAUACCGACAGUAAGACAAUAAGGUGUCAGAAGUAUAUUGCGACCAAGUUAAUUAAUAUUUAGGAAUAAAAUAAUAGAAGUUCUUGAUCAGUAGGGUUAUUAUUUAAAAUAACGCGAAGAAUCCAUUUAACCAAGUGGCAGAAGAGUAUAAUAACGUGGUGUUUAGACAGUUAUGGGCAAUGCAGGCAGUACCAGUAUGCACCGCGAACGACAUAAGUCAAGUGACCUAUCAACACCAAACUCUCCAUUUCGAGAGAUGGCUGGACGUGGUGAUUCGUUUUCAGCAGCAUCUGGGAUGAGUGUAGUUGGUGACAUCGGCAGCAGUGGCGUUCAAACCUUUACUUUUGAUAAAGACGUAACAAAUGACAAGAACGCUCGCUCAGUCUUGCUCGGUGGUUCCUCGCAAGAAGACGAAGAUCAACCAUAUUACACGAAGCCCGUCGGUAGCACAACUACAAUAGAUGCAAACACCACACCCACCCCUCGUAAACGCGCUAAUACUGUUUCAGAAGGUAGUACUACACUGCUUCACAAUAAUUCCGGCAGCACAAUGUCUGUAAAAGAUUCAACUACUGAUUCUAAUGAAGACAAAGAUGAAAAUUCCACUAUAGAGCUACCUAGAAAUUCGGGUUUGCCAACCGUAUUGCGUUGGGAUGGAGGUGGUAAAAAUGUGAUGAUUUCAGGCACUUUUUCAAAAUGGAAGCCAAUACCAAUGGCACGUAGUCAUGGAAAUUUUGUGGCUAUUAUUGACCUUCCAGAGGGUGAUCAUCAGUACAAGUUUUGUGUAGAUGGAGAAUGGAAACAUGAUCCUAAAUUGAAAAGUAUCGAAAAUGAUGACGGCAUUAAGAAUAAUUUAGUCUCAGUACGUCAGUCCGAUUUCGAAGUGUUUCAAGCUCUUGCUAAAGACAGUGAGAAUGCGCCAAACUACGCGGAAAAGGAGUAUUCGCAAGAAGUCCCACAGCCUAAACCAUGGGAAAAGGUUUCUGGUCCGCCGGUGUUGCCGCCGCAUCUACUCCAAGUGAUACUCAAUAAAGACACGCCGCUAUCGUGUGAGCCGACUUUGCUUCCGGAACCUAAUCAUGUUAUGCUUAAUCAUCUUUAUGCAUUAUCUAUCAAAGAUGGUGUUAUGGUAUUGAGCGCAACGCAUCGUUAUCGAAAAAAAUAUGUUACCACUUUACUUUACAAGCCCAUAUAAAAUAUGUAAUUGGAUAUUUAAUCAAGUUACAAUGUUUGCCGACGACAAGGUGAAUUCAUUACAGAUGAAAUCAAAAUUACUUAUUUUAUUUAAUUUUUUGCUAUGUUCUGAUUGUUAAUAUGGUGUAUUUAUUAGGUAUUUAUACGUUUCAUUUCUUCUUGGUAGUAACAUAUUGUACGAGUUCGACUUGGCCAAAGGUAUGCAUACAUUAUUUAAACUAUAAUAAUAGCCCAAUACCAUAUCUAUUAUAUUUCAUUGCUUGUAUUUGUCAAUAAAUGGUCAUACCCCUUCAAUGAUUAUAAUAAAUAUUGUCAAUUAUAAAGCGCAAUUUUAUUUCCCUUUAAGAUACUUGAAUUCCUAUUAAUCGACACUAUGACCGCAUUUUGUAUUAUUGGAAGUGUAAACAAUUGUGGUUGUAAAAUGAUUAUUCUAACCGUUGGGAUAAACUUUGUAUUAAAAUAUUGUUCUUCAACACAAAUUACUAAAUAUAUAGUACAGCCAAUGCCUUGAUAAGACUUGA